AUGAGGUUGUCCCACUUGUCGUUGCACUGGUUCUGGCUGCGGUGGCAUCCCAUCUUCCAGCAAUAGUCUUCCACCCACUUCCAUCUCAGCUCCGACGGCCCGCCGCCGCCGGCGACCCUCUUCGUCCUCCUCUCCUUGUCCAUGCUUUUGGCUUCUAUCAGCGACAUGGUCUCCUCCAGGGUCCAGUUGCCCUUCCUGUACUCCCUCGCCUUCUCCUCUCCUGUCACUUCGGCCGCCGCCAUGUACGGCGAGACCUCCACAACUCUUCUUCUCCCUCUCCUCCUCCUUUUUCUCCCUCCCUCCUCUUCGUCCUACCAACUCGAUCUUCUUCUUUUUUCUCGGGGCUGAUCUGUCUGAUUUAGUGAGCGUAUUCACCUAUCUAUAGAGAAUUCGUGGUGGGGAGCGCCCUUCAUGCUUUGUCAGUGGUGGGGAUCAGGAUUGCAUGCAUAGGAAGCAGCAACACAGGGCGAGAGAGAGAGAGAGAGAGAGAGAGAGAGAGAGAGAGAGAGAGGGAGAAGUGUGGGUAG